UCCCGAAACAGAGUAGAGAACGUUUCCUUCUGACGGAAGUGGGCGCGGGUUCUUUCGAGUCUGGUCUACCCCCCCCUCCCGGAGGGACCGGGAGGGGUCAGAAUACUAAGUGAUAGAAAAUAAAGCAAAGUCUCUUCCAACUUGGCCUUGGAUCCACAGAACUGCAUGGACACAAAACUCUAUGAAGUCUACACCGAAGCCCCCAAGUCGUUUUAGAAUAGAAUAGAAUAGAAUAGAAUAGAAUAGAAUAGAAUAGAAUAGAAUUCUUUAUGGCCAAGCGUGAUUGGACACACAAGGAAUUUGUCUUUGGUGCAUAUGCUCUCAGUGUACAUAAAAGAAAAUAUACCUUCAUCAAGAAUCAUAAGAUACAACACUUAAUAGUAGUCGUAGGGUGUUGUAAGUGUUGUAUCUUGAUGAAGGUAUUUUAUUGUAAAUAAUUUUUAAAAAGCCACCUCCUAUCAUUUUUUAAAAAAAUAAAAUUUGAAGCGCACUGAAGAGGUCUCCUCCACCAAACGUUUGCAAUCAAAUUGCCAAGCUCGGAGCUCCAACCAGCAACGUAAACACCAACCCGAGCUUUUAAUAUUCAAAGACAUUUCAAUAGAAUUUCAAUGUAGUCCUGGAACUUCCUCUCAUCCCAUCACUAACCCAGUCCUAGUUUGCUUUGCUUUUCUUGAGAGCCGUUGAGGCUGAUUCUGCAGCGGGCGGCAGCUGUUUGCGAGGCGUGCAGAGGGUUAUCCUCCCCAAUAGAGGCUCUAGAAACGGUUUAGUUUAGUGAUCCGUGGUGCCUGAUGGUUGCUAGGCAGCGAGGUUGUGAUUUGGAUUCCGGUGAGUUGGGAGAGACACAGGCAAAGCGAAGGGGGUGGCCGGGAACAGCAGCCUACAAGAAGGAUGCCUCAUCUCUGUCACACUACUGUACCAUUAUUGGCCGGCAUUCAUGAAUACAAUGUGGUUUUUGUCAUAUAUACUUCAGAAUGUAAUCCCUGCAAUCCAUAUAUCAUGAAAGAACUUCUUAUAAGAACUCUAUAUUCACUGGAUAGCAGACUAAUGGAUUCCAUGUUCAAUAUCAUCUGGUGUUCCAGCAAGGUAUUAAAGUGGCAGACUGAAUUGGUAGAAUGUUCCCUCACCAACAUCAUGGAUGCAGCUUCUUGGAUCAGAAGUCUGCCAAUGAAUAGCAAGAGGAAAGCCAGUGCUUGGAAUGCCAUUGAAGAAGCAAUAGAAGAUCCCAGCUGCCAAGCAAUAUGUCUGUUCACCAGCGGAUUGCCCGAAGGCUCUGUGGAAGAAAUCUGUAGCCACCUUAAAGAGACAAAGCAAUCGUGUCCAGUGCAUAUUGUGCAAUUGAUAGAAAAUAGAGACAGCAAUAAAAUUAGCUGUCAAAAGCUAUUGGAGAAAGUAGCCAAGAUGUCUGGUGGUACUUUCCAAGCUAUUGAUGGAACUUCCUCUGAGGAUAAGACUGGCUGUAAUUUAGAUUUUCAUCAUCCUGGUCGCAUCAGCCAUCAUCUCGGCUUCCCUCCGCUGACAGAUCACUGCACAAAACUGUUUCCUUUGGGUGCAUGGGAUCCAGAUACUUAUAACACAUGUCUAAGAAGUCCCAUACAAGAGAAUUUAGGGGACUGUUCUACAAACAGCCGUCAUCUGCUGAGGGGGAUACGAGUUCUUGCCAGAAAACAGACAGAUGGCUAUUAUUAUCUCAGUCAUAUUGUCCAAAAGGUGAAGGAUUCCCCUGAACAUGUCCUAGUUGAGUUUGAAAGAUGCCAGCGAUCACGGAAAGGUCAGGCUCCAUUUCGAAGGCAAGAAACGCCUCUCUAUGAUAUUAUCCAUUAUGAUGAUGCCAGGUGGCUGCCAUUAUCUGCAGGAGAUGGGACCCUUGCUCCAUGGGACAAGAAUGGCAAACGAUACGGCCCAGGCAUCGUUCUCCAAGUAACAGAAACCAAGUCAGAUUAUUCAGCUUUCCAAAAUAGCAAAGUGCUGAUUAACUUCUGGAAUGGCCGGACCAAGACAAUAUCAGCCGAUGUUGCUGUGAGGAUCCCUCUUCCGUUGUAUGAGCGCAUCGUUCUUGAGCUUCAGAUGCCAUUGACAGCCAGGCAGCUUUUGGUGGAGCAGAAUCCAGAUUAUCCUUCUGUGGUGCCACCUGGAUAUCGGGCUUCUGGACCUUGCAGGCAUAACCAUGUACCUUGGAUGCCUUGGUCUCAGACUUUAGAAACCCGUUGCAUUGGAGUCUGUGGGAGCAAUACCCAUUUUUCUCCUUGGUCUUUCUGCUGCCCGCUACAGAAUCAUAGUACAUCUCCAGUAAGUUCAACAUGGGCAGAUGAUACUUUGAUACCAAGAGUCAGCCGAUCAAAAGAGGAGCUGAGCAAGAAGUUAGAAGACCAAUUUUCAAUAGGCAGAGUUCCUGCUUUGGAAAAUGAUAAGGAUGCCAAAGGAGAUAGCAGCAACCUAAAGAAGGAAACAAAUUUAGCAGAUGAAAAAUCUUGGGAAGAGAAAGAAAUCAAAGUUGCAGAACCCAGCAAGGAUCAGAAAGUGAUGGAUUCAGAAGAUGCAACAAACAGUAUUAGCACCGUGGUUGAAAUAGCUACCAAUGCAGGCAAAUGGACGACUCAACAAAAUCAGAAAUGUUUUUUACAGCCCAACUUGAGUGGCUCUUCAACCCAGAUUUCCCAAAGAAAGGCUUCUCAGAAAACGUACUUGGCUAACAGUUCCAAACUCCAAACAAAGCUUGACUGGGUGGACAGGUCAUUGAAGAAAGAUCAUGUAGCUAUUGAAUCUGUUUUGCACAUGCGAAGGAGCUACAGUGCACCACCAUCUGGACAGAAAUUACUGGAGAAGGAAGCCCCUUGGGAUAGUCCCAAAGAAGUGGAUGCCAACCCAGCUAAGACAGACUUCAAACGGCAGAAGUGGGAGCAGAGACAGCUUAGGAAAGAGCAACAACAACAGGAAAUGCAUCUCAAAAGAGAGACAUGGCUUGAAAAUAAGAGGCAGCAAACUCUCCAGCGGACAUUGAAAGGCUCACAAAGGCUUCAAGAGCAGAGUGACAGAGCUGAGCGGCAUCUGGAGCAGCUCCGAGAGGCAAGGGCAGCGAGAAGAAGGCAGGAGUCCCAUUUGCGGGAAGAAGAAGGAAAGAAAGAGAACCAAAGGAAGGAAUUCUUAAAGGCACAGCACAAGCAGAGGGAGAAGCAGCUGGAAAAACAUAAUCAAAUGAUUGAUGGUCAGGAAAAAGAGAGGCUGGCACUUCUCAGGAAUAGAAAAGAAGUCAUGCGAAAGAAUGCAGAAAUUGUCCUGAAGGAACAGGAUGCAGAAAAUAAGAAGAAGGAAACUGUCAAAUGCCAGUUGUCCCAUAAGCGAGAGCAGAUUUUACAGAAUAAAGAAAAGGAGAUGCAGAUGCAGAAAGGACUCCUACAGUAUCUCAGGGAACAUGACCUCUUAUUGCUCCGUGCGUCUAUGCUACCAUAGAAUAAACCAAUUUCUGCAACCAAGGUACUAAAAGUGUUCACAAACAAUGCAUUGUGAAAUGGUUCUUCUGCGUCUGAAGCCAAGCACUUAUUGUACUUGAGAACUGGAGAUGAUGUAGAAAAUGAUCCUUGCUAAUCAGCCCAAUUUUCAUUUUCUGUUUCAUCUUGGUGAACUUCAAGCCACCUUUUUCUGAUUGUCAUAUUUCAUUUCAAUUUUGCUUCAGCUUAUUUCUUGAGAAACUGCGAAACUUCCUGGUCUUUUCAAUAGUACCUGAAGCACCUUUGAAAUACAUAUUAAAUUUAGGAAGUGGGAUAGCACCAUCCUCUUAAAAUUUAGUCUUUGUCCACAAAUGUAUCCCAAUAUAAAAACCAAUCCUUCAGAUUUAUUUGACUAGUUUUAAUUUUCCGUCAAUAUAGUUCAGCUGUUUUCCCUUUUUCAAAAUUCUUUGGGAAGAAUGAUCAUAUAUGCAUGUGCAGAUAGAGUUUUUAAAAAAUUUCCUUUUCCCUUCUCACACUACAUUAAAAUUCUUUCUUCCCUUCAGAUUACCUUUUUAAUCAUCAAGAUAUUUUAAAACAACUUGCCUGGAAUAAAACCGAGUGAUUAAAAAUGAUAUUCCCUUCCAAUCACUAAGUGCAUUAAGCAGCCUUAAGCCUGUUUCACCCUCUCUCAGCCAAACAGCAGAUAAAAGAGAAGGUUACCCUUAAAAUGUACUAAAUUUAACAGAGUAUGCCAGGCCAUAUGCUUGAUGUUAACCUGCAAAGUUCUUAAUGGUUUGGGAUUAGAAGCACCUGAUGGACUAAUUUCAUCACCUGUCAAGACAUUAGUCUAAUACUCCUGCAUUUUGGAGAUUACUCAAGCUGAUAUUGGCAACAAAGCUUUACUCUGCCUUCCGAGUUGGAAUUCUCUUCGUUGUUACAAAUCUCUAAUGGUGUUUCUCUUAUUUUGUAGGCUAAAAGUAAAAUCUUCUCUGCUGCAAUGUCAGGGGAGAGCACACUAUACUUGUGAGCAGGAUCACCUGGCACACAGAAUUCUAGACAAAUAGGAUCGACUUCGAGCAAAAAGGCAUAGCCCGAUAUCUAUAAUCUAUAAUUCUAUAGGCCAGUGUUUCUCAGUAUCAGUAACUUUACAGAAUUCCCCAGCCAGCAUUGAAAAUUGCCUAGCAAUUAGGUGAAAUUGUGCUGCUCUGGUUGUUGAUUGUCUCUCUUAAGGGCAGUGCUGAAAUCCUACUGGUUCGCAUCAGGUGAACCGGUAGUGAUAAAAUCUACCAGUUCAGCGAACAGGUAGUUUAAAAAAGCUACUGGUUGGUCUGAACCGGUAUUUCCGAUGAUCAGCUGCGCCAUGCGAUUUAUGUUCGCUAGAAAGCAGAAAAUCCCCCUCACUGUUCUACUUCCCCUCUCACUGUUCUACUUCCCCCCUCACUGUUCUACUUUCCUUCAAAUGGCUUUUUCCACAUGCAGUGCAUGUUUGGUGCGCACUGCGCAUGUACACGCAAUGUGCGUUUGGUACACACUAUGCAUUCGUGUGUGCAGCGUGCAUCGGAUACACACUGCAUGCGUGGGCAGCAAACCAAUGGCAACCUGCAGAGGAUUUUACCACUGCUUAAGGGUAAUAUUGGUUUGGACUUAUCAAUGGGGCCUUGGGGCCUUUGAGUAGUUUCCUGAAAGCCAAAAUUCAGAUUAAGGAUCUCUAAUGUGAUAUAUAUUAUAUUGGUACCUUCCCUGGACUUUGACUGCACGUCCCAAAGAAUGGUUCAUAAAAUUUCAUUAACCUGCUUUCAUUGUUCAUUUGUGUCCAUUUUUGUGUUUGGCUUUUUAGGGGAAAGGCAAUAGCAAAGAAAGUUUAGGAAUCCCUGUUUUAGGGCCUAUAGGCUAUGUAUCUGUGUUAUAACUGUUUGCAUUGCAGUUUACUAUAUUAAUCAUAUUUUUAUAGGUGCACAUUUAUAGGUUUCUGUUGUUUACCUGAAAUGCACAUUUGGUCAGAAAGAUGGAAUAUUCAUUUUUAAAAUAUAUACGUAAAAUGUAUCAGACUAACUUCCCCAACCUCUUGCUCUCCACAUGUCUGGGAUGUGUUUGUAAUGUCAUGCUUUUGAACUGAAAAGGCAAAAUUCAAAAGAAAACAUUUAGAAAGUCUGGGUUUUUUUUCACCUACACAAAACCAGGAGCACCGUGAAAAACCAUUUCUUGCCAAAAAAAAUUUAUUAGUUCAUCCAACUUUCCCAACAUCAGUAGGCAGAAGUAUAUUCUUCUAAAAAUAUGUCUAUUAGUAAAAACAAAUUAGCUAAUAUUAUUUUCAAACAUAAAUGACUGCAUA